AAUAGAUAAACCAAAUGCUUGUUUUAGCUUUUCAAAUCGGAGUAAGGGUCGCUCUAUUUCGCUUGGCACGUUGACAUUGAUUUUGCUUCAAAUUUGCGCCCAGCUGAUACGCAGUACGUGAAGUGUGGAAAUGUUUUAAAAUACACCAAAUUUGUGCAUUUCGAGCUGGCUGUUAUGCAAAAAUCCAGAUGAAUGCAAUAAUCGCACUGUGCCAUUUCUGCGAAGUUCAUGGACCGGGUGCUAUUUUCUGUACACAAACGCUGCGUGAAACCAACAUCCAGCAGCUGGAUAUAAGCUUCGAUAUCGACCGGAAAGGCUGUGCAGCAUGCAAUUCGAUCAGCAACAAUAUCGGGCUGGUAAGCCGCGAUCCAGAGAGCAAUGCCAACUUUGUCAGCAGUCAAAUACCGGUCCUCGGGGAGACGGUACCGCUGGUGAAGACGGCCGCCUUCCGUAGCCUUAGUUCGGAAGUGAGCUGCGCCGCGUCCGAAGGCGGGUUCGUAUUUUUUGGUGAUGCCAAGCAUGGACACGUGCUGAGUCACGCAUUUCAUCUGAUUGACUCCGAAGCACGAGGCUUCCAGAAACGCUUCUCGAUCGUGAUUCUGAUGAAGGACAAGAUGUUCCUGCUCAACACGCAGCCUUUUCUGGCUGACUGUAUGGGAAAGAUUUCGAGAGAGUUGCAAGAGUACGCACGUAUUGUACACGAGGACGAUCUUCGACGUCAGGGACUGGAUAGGGCGCAACGAAUUAACAAAUGCUACGGAAGCGGGUCUACCAGCAAUGCGACGAACAUCACCGCCAAUAGGUCACUGAUUGAGCUGACUGGGAAAGAAUCAAUCUACGCGUACGUGCAUGCCCACUUUUCCUUCAUCCUCUGGGCUGGUGCUCGCUAUUUGACAGAAAGCAUCACACUCGGCUGCCCUUCGACGCCCGUCUGGUUGGGGAAGGAAACGGAGGAAGGGUUCGCCAUCGUGCAGUCGGAUAAGGAGGGCUACCAGAUGCGUCGCGUUGGGCUCGCAAGUGGUGACAAAACGUUCGAUCAAGUGGACGAGCUGACGCGUGCCAAAUACUCUCUGCGGAUGUUUCGUAGCAUUUUAAAAUCAAACUUUCUCUCCGUUUGUUACUGUGCGCUGACGGGGAUACAGAUAGUGAUCCGGGGCACUCCGGUGAAGGGGUACUGUUUGGUGGCAAAUUUGAAAAAGUUCUUGCCCGAGGCAUUGCACAAGUUGGCCCGGGCCCACGCAGAAACGUACACAUCGGCGAACGAGUUUCGAAUAAUCAACCUCAAGCAGGAAGCGAUCGCACCGCACUCGUCCAGCAGUAUUAUGCGGGUGGAUCUGGUCGAUGAUCAAGACAAGGACACGGUGGCGGUGUGCGCAUGGGAGGGUGAAUUGCCGAGCAAGUUGCCCAGCCUUUUGCAGAAGAUCACCAAAGCGAUCGAUGAAGAGCUGUUCAACGAUCAUGCAUUGGACAAACAUUUACGAGUAUUAGUCGAAGAGUGGAAAAACAAAGUGGUUUGCAUUCGUAAGGUGAGCUCCAAUCAGGAUGUGGCCAAAAUAAAGAAGAUAAUGGGCGUCCAGCCGCAGGACCAGGUUCUGAUCAACUAUUGGUAUAACCACCUGUGAGGAUCUUUACACUCGGUGUACAGUGUAUAUUUUUGUUAUCGAAAAGUGUGCCUUCUAUCAGCGUAGCUGAUUUGUUUUUGGAGUUAAUAAAGCAGUACAUAUAUUAUUGUGAA